GUGCUCCACGACCAGGGCCAUCUUUGGUCGUCCUCGCCGGUGACAGUCUGGACAGUUUAUUCCAUUGGUCAUUAAUGCCGAAUGACUAUUAAACAAUAAUACGAUAAUAACAGCACUACGGGCAGAGAAAAGGGAGCUUAAACCCCCGGUUUGUGUAAACCCGCCGGCCAAUUCUUUCCUUCCAACACCCUUCAUUUCUCACGGCAAAAAGAGGGCGAGACGGGAAAGGCGGUUGAUACAACAUGGAUGAGGAAUAUGAUGUGAUCGUUUUGGGCACCGGACUCACGGAAUGCAUUCUGUCCGGCAUCAUGUCUGUGAACGGGAAAAAGGUUCUACACAUGGACAGGAACCCCUACUACGGUGGCGAGAGCUCCUCCAUCACCCCUCUGGAGGAGCUGUACAAGCGCUUCAGUCUUCCAGAUAGUCCGCCCGAGUCCAUGGGCAGAGGAAGGGACUGGAACGUAGACCUCAUCCCCAAGUUUCUCAUGGCCAACGGUCAGCUGGUGAAGAUGUUGCUAUACACAGAAGUUACACGGUACCUGGACUUUAAGGUAGUGGAGGGAAGCUUUGUCUACAAAGGCGGAAAGAUCUACAAGGUUCCUUCAACCGAGACCGAAGCACUGGCUUCAAAUCUGAUGGGAAUGUUUGAGAAGCGACGAUUUCGGAAGUUCUUAGUCUUUGUGGCGAACUUUGACGAGAACGACCCCAAGACCUUUGAAGGCGUGGACCCCAAAACCACAACAAUGAGGGAUGUUUACAAGAAGUUCGACCUUGGCCAGGAUGUCAUUGACUUCACCGGCCACGCCCUGGCCCUCUACAGGACAGACGACUAUCUUGAUGUUCCCUGUUUGGAGACGAUCAAUCGUAUCAAACUGUACAGUGAGUCGCUGGCACGGUAUGGAAAAAGCCCCUACCUCUACCCCCUGUAUGGUCUGGGAGAGCUGCCCCAGGGAUUUGCCAGGUUGAGUGCAAUCUAUGGAGGGACCUACAUGCUGAACAAGCCAGUGGAUGAGAUAGUGAUGGAAGGUGGCCAUGUGAUUGGAGUGAAGUCUGAGGGCGAGGUGGCUCGUUGUAAGCAGCUCAUCUGCGACCCCAGCUACAUCACGGACCGCGUGCGGAAGGCGGGUCAGGUGAUCCGUGUGAUCUGCGUCCUCAGCCACCCCAUCAAAAACACCAAUGACGCCAACUCCUGCCAGAUCAUCAUCCCUCAGAAUCAGGUUAACCGCAACUCCGACAUCUACGUGUGCAUGAUCUCCUAUGCUCACAAUGUGGCGGCCCAGGGGAAGUACAUCGCCAUUGUCAGCACCACAGUGGAAACCAGCGAGCCGGAGGCCGAGAUAGAGCCCGCCCUGGAGCUGCUGGAGCCCAUCGACCAAAAGUUUGUGGCUAUUAGUGACCUUUAUGAGCCCACAGAUGAUGGUACUGAUAGCCAGGUCUUCGCCUCGAGGUCCUAUGAUGCCACCACUCACUUCGAGACCACCUGCAACGACAUUAAGGACAUCUACAAACGUAUGACCGGCAGCGACUUUGACUUUGAGAACAUGAAGCGCAAGCAGAACGAUGUGUUUGGGGAGGAUGAGCAGUGAGCGGUAGAGGCAGAGGGAGGUCCGGGAGAGGAGGCUGGGCGAUAAAACGGGGCGAAGGAGGCGUCAGAGAGCCGGGGCGCAGCUCUCUAAAAACAGAAUGGUUUGCUCCUGAGCUCCGCCUGCCCUCAGCCGUUUGCCUCCUUUUCCCUCAUGUCCCCUCUCUCUCUUGAAACACGUUCAAACACAUAAAUGCUCACAAACCCACACACAAUCCUUAUCUCUGUCACUGAAAAGCAGGGUUGAUAUGGUCUUUCAUUCCAUUGUAGAAUUUACAGUAUAAUCAUGUCUUAACUAUUCUCAUUAGAGGUGAAUUUAUUUCUUGUUGUUGGCGAUUUUCACCGCAUUUCAUUCCUCCUGUAACGUCUUUCUCGUUGGGUGGAGGGAGGAUUGAUGGGACUGAGAAGUCUGAACUGCGAGCUCUGACAUGAGAGAUCUGUAAUGGCUUAGUGUAGAAUCCACUUGACAUGCAUGCAUCUUUUACACACAGUAGUAUUGUACAUAGAUUCAAAGUAACACAACGUAUGAAGGCUGGACCAUUCCACACAUCGCUCCUGUCAACCCUGCUUUCACUUCCCUCUUAUUCGGUCUUUCUACCUGUUUUUUCGUCAAAAGACAUCGCUCGUUUUGGCAAAAUCUGUUGGUCGGGCGAUAAAAAUAAAUGUGAUGAAAAUGACAUAUAAAUGGGCUGUUCUGUCAACUGAUAGUGCUCACUUUGCAAUGCUGUUGUGUUCCCUGUGCUAGCAGGCAAGCUAACCAGUGGCUAUUAACUGUCACCCACCUCCCUGUCACCUUGUUUAUCUCUGUUGUGUGAUUUAAUUUUGGAAUUGAAUAGUUUACUUUCUAACAUUUUAAAUUAUUGAAGAGUUUUAUUUCUAUAUACUUGGUGCCCAUUUCACUGGCUGAAUUUAUGAAGUUUACAGAUCUGAGGUUGAAGCUGUGGUCUCCAAGGGGAACAUUGGGGAAAAAAGGGAAUGUCUGAGGCAAAAGAGGCAUGGAGAGGAUUUCUAAGUAUUCUGAAAGGUUUGGAAUGAGCGACAAAAGACGAUUACAGCAAAUUGUACUCCGAGAAAGUAUCUGAUGGGCGGAAAAGAAUGUAUGUAGAAAAUGUUUUGGUAUAUUGGAAAGUUUCACUUUUGAGUGAAGAGGAUGAAGACUGAAAUCUCGGCUCAUAGUGAAAAGCACCAGGUCGUGUCUUGGUUGUUUCAACCCUUGUGUUGUGUCAUUUAGGUCAUUCCCUGGAGGACUAAAUCCUAUGGAAAACUGUUGUUGUUAAAUAGAGGGAAAAGCUGGAUAUUCCCAUAACUUUCAAAGACUUUGUAGCAAAGGUAUGGAGCCACAGUUGCAGGUGCUGCCCCUCAAAAACAAACCAAGAUGCUUUUAUUUGGUUUUAGCCUUAAUUUGGGGUCUUAUUCAGAUUUCUGGGGCGCUUUGUUUAGACGAAUUGUUAGUGGCAGGUCGGUCUGGUGCCAAAAAUGGUGUUGCUGUUAUUGGCAAAAGUUACUGACAAGUUUGUUGUUGCCUGUUGUUCCGGAGAUCUGACAGAAUACUAUAGAAGGGGAAUUGUUUUCCAAUAGGGCUGUUGUUGUACAGCUGGGUGGAGGCAGUCCUCAUAUCUCUGCAAUGCACGUUCACUUUGCUGGUUUGAUCUGCGGCUUGUUACACAUCAAACAGAUGAGACGCCCCGAUCGUUUCCUUUAAAACGCUACAGCAGUUCCAUCUCACUUCAUCCACCGCGACAAAUCCCUGAGCAACUCUAAAGUAAAGUUACCCCGCGUGAGGGGUGUUUACGUGUCUUAUUGCUACGCUCUAUUAAUUUGAAUUUCACUGACGUGUCGUGAGAAGGUUUAUGUCAAAUGCUGAAUACGCUAUGCUAAUACAUUAUGUUCUGAUGAUUAAAAAAAAAAAGAUUUUAAAAGGGAUGCACACAGGAAUUCUUUAUUUUUGUUCGUUCUUUGCUGUGUCACUUGUUACGUUCACGUCAUCCAGUGAUCAUUCCGGUGUUGCAUUCUGACGUAAUAUUAAUAUUAGCGUUCCUAAGAAACGGGUUUUGAAGGAAGAAUUGAAACAACAGUCAGUCAUGGAGCUGAAAUCCAAAUCUCUAGAGCUGUGUGUUAACGCUGUGCAUCGUUCAGCAACGUGAGUGGUCUUUGUUCUGGAAACGUGUUAUCUGAUAAGAAACUGGAAUACCGUUUACUUUUUAAACAUUGACAUAUCUGAAGUCCUCCCUCCCGUGCCCUUCCACAGCAUCAGAUACUAUCCUCUCUUUCUAUUUAUUUAUUGAAAACAAAACCCUCAUGUGUGGUUGUACUGUUUUAAUUUUCAUCCAGUUUGGCAUAUUUGGAAACCACUAUUGACUUGAAUAUCCCUUGAAAUUGACAAAAGAAAUAGUUCAGGCUAAGUAGUAGAAAACUUACUGUCCUUGUUUGAUCACUAGUUUGUGAGCAAUGCCUAAUGUCUUGUGUAACAAAUAAAAUGAAUUAAACUAUGAAUGAAAUGAUAGAAAAAUAAAAAGCACAUGGCAAAA